CUUCUUCUUCUUCACCAAAUCCCCCGUUCUAUAGUCGGGUUUUUGGUGCUAUGUUAACGCGGGGAGACUAGGUCCGUUCCGCUGAGUGUACAAUAGUUCAUUGGUGUGAAGAUUGUUGAUCGGAGCUUAGUUUUUCAACAGCUGCUCAUUCAAUCUUCUAAUCUAUUGACAACCCAUGCCAGAUUAAUUAAUGGUUCCCAGAUGCCCAUGAAGGAAUGAUUUUAACAAAGCAAUACCGGUGUGUGCAUUCAGCGAGCUGCCUGUGCACAAAGGGGCAUCUCAGUGAGGAUGCAGUAUUUCUAGUAUUCCAACAUUUGAACUGGAAUCCGAAGUUGAUUGCCAUUCUUUCCUGUGCAUGCAAAUGGUUUGACGAUCUUGCCAAGCGAGUGCUAUGGAAGGAGUUUUGCAGGACCAGAGCCCCAAAAAUGAUGCUAGAUCUGCAAUCUAGCGGGAGUCACAGUGUUGAUGGGAACUGGAGGGCACUGGGGAAGCUGCUUAUUUUCUGCUCGGGAUGUAAGAAGGGCGGUCUCUUCAAUAACAUUCAAAUUCCUGGUCAUUUUGUUUAUAGAACCCGAUUUUCUAGGACAUCGGGCAAGAGUUUUCUUAUGCCACAAUGCAGAACAGAUAUUUUAUAUGUAUCUGAUCCUUGUGAACAUCUCGACCAAGGAGAAGAAGGAGAUAUCGGUUUCUUCCGGGGUAUUUUUAAGUCAUUUUCAAUGUCAAAGGUUAGGAAAAUGCUGAUAGAAAGAGGAGCAGAGCUUCAUCCAACUGAGGUGUGCCCUUAUUGUAAGGCCAAGCUAUGGAGCAUGCUACAGGCUAAAAUGAUACCACCGAGUGCAAGCUGCAGAUUGGGUGCUUAUGAGGAUUGCAUCGACUACUAUGUCUGCCUCAAUGGACAUAUGGUCGGUAUUUGCACUCUGUUACCCUUGUCAGAUUCUGAAGAGACGUCCGAGUGAUAGCUACGUCAUACACCAUAGAAAAGGUCGAUAAAAAGGCCUGCACAAUCGCCCUUGGAUCUCAUGCUGAUUGGAUGAACUUUGCCUCUAGUCCGUUCCACUUUUGUUUGGUGGAACCCAGCUUAGAAUUAUGGGAAAAUGUUCAAUGGUGAGACUUAGAAGCAUUAGCAGAACCAGAUUUUUUGUAAAAAAAAAAAACAUCCUUUUGGAUUGAAAGGUAGAACCAUAUAAUUUUCAUGUAAAUUAACCUCUGAUCUUAUACUUGAUAUUGGUGAUGGUGACUGGAAUGAUUAUUAUUUAAGAUAAUGGAUUGCUUUAUAUGUUCUGAACU